AUGCUGCCAGUGGUGCUGGAAGACGGUAGGCAGACUGGCAUGGGGCGGAGCGAGGGGCGGGCAGAGGGGCAGCAGUCAGGGGAGCAGCAGAGGAAGGUGCAGUCAGCUGAAUUCCCUAUUGGGAUGGCAGGGAGUGAGGUGGAGGGCGGUGCGGGUGGGUGGAAGAAACAGGCGCAUGGGCGGAAGUUAGGGCAUGAGAAACGGCGAGCGCGGGAGGGAGGAGAGAAAAGAGCUGAGAGAAAGGAAGGAGUGGAGGGUAGGGGAGGAGACGAGAGCAAGGGCAGUAAGUGGGGAGCGGAAGGGAGCAGGCAGAAGGGGCAGAAGGGGCGAAAAGGGGGUGGGGCAGAUGGGUUUGAAGUGCUCAUGCUGGCAGCAGCUGCUAUGCAGGAGAACGAGGGGGAUGCCAGGGGCGGAGAUAGGGGAAGGGGGGAUGGCGGAAGGGGGGAUUGCGGAAGGGGGGAUGGCAGAAGGGGGGAUGGCGGAAGGGGGGAUGGCGGAAGGGGGGAUGGUGGAAGGGGGGAUGGGGGAAAUGGGGAUGGCGGAAGAGGGGAAGGCGGAGGGGGUGGUGGUGGAGGGGAUGGGAGGUUGGGGAUGGGCGACAGGGAGAUGAAGAAGACAAGAAGCUUCCCGGAUAUGGGCGAGAAGGUGAGAGAAUAUGGAGGGUUGUCAGCGGAUGAGGAGCGGAGAGGGGAUGGGAAUGAGAAAGGGGAAAGAAGUGGGGAGGCGGAGGAAGGGGAUGGAGGGGGGGAAUUGACUGCGGCGGAGUUGGCAAGGCGGCGGUUGCAGGAAGCAUUAGGGGGAGAUGAGGAGGAUGAGGACGACUGGUUGGCGGAUGACCUGGGUCUGGGCGCGGCUGUGGUGGCAGCUCGGCGCAUUUCCACCAACAGCUGGUCUUCUGCUGCCACGGUGAGUGCUGUGCUGGCGGUGAGCUCUAUGAUUGUGAUUGUACAGGCUGAGUGGAUGGGGGAUGAGGAGGGCGGGGAGGACUGGCUGGCUGAUGAAUUGGGGCUGGGCGCGGCUGUGGUGGCUGUGGUGGCUGCUAGGCGCAUCUCCACCAACAGCUGGUCGUCCAGUGCCACGGUGAGGAUCGAUGUUUUGUGA